CACUUCCGCCGUUGGGUAAAUAAAGUUGGCGGGCUAAGCAGGACUACCAGCCAUGUCAAGGGUCCUGAAUGGGAUCGUGGCGAUAUGUCCUGAUCUGGGAAUCGGGAAAAAUGGAGACUUGCCCUGGCAUCCUAUUCGGCUCAGGAAUGAAUUUGCUCAUUUUCGAAAGAUGACAGAAACCAGUCCAGCUGCAGGUAAACAGAACGUGGUGAUCAUGGGCAGAAAGACGUGGUUUUCAAUCCCAGAGAGGAACAGACCUCUGAACGGCAGGAUCAACAUCGUCCUCAGCAGAGAGUUCCAAGCGCCCCCUGCUGGAGCCCACUACCUGGCCGCAGACUUCAGCUCAGCCCUCAGGCUGGUAGAGACGGAGCUGGCUGAGAAGGCCGAUCAGGUCUGGGUCAUCGGAGGCAGCUCGCUCUACAAGGAGAUGAUGGAGCGUUCUGGAACCAAGAGACUCUUCGUCACGAGGAUCCUGAAGCAGUUUGACUGCGACACGUUUCUCCCUGAAAUCCGUGCAGAUAAAUACCGUCUCCUGCCAGCGUUUCCUGGAGUCCCGUGUGAACUUCAGGAGGAGAACGGCAUCCAGUACAGAUACGAGGUGUACGAGAGCAUCCAGCAGUGACUCGGAGCUCCGGCUCUUCAUCUCAGUUCCAGCUGUGUUUUCAAACAUGUUAAUAAAGACUUUGGGUUGUUGAAGCGUU